CCCAUUCAAAAAAAAAAAACACUGACUCUGGGACGAUGGAACCGGAAGUGCUAAAAUGCUAACUCGCGUCCGGGUUUUUGCCUACGGAAGUGACGUUGGCUAUUUUGAAAAUGCAGUCGCAGGAAAAAUUACAGAGCCGCGGGUUGCGGUUUUUUUACUUUUAUAAUGCACUGCGGCCGCCUAAAGUUGAUCUAUAGUCAAAUCAAAAUUGCAAAAUGUAUAAUGCAGAGAUGGACUAUUAGUGAUGGCAGAUCUCACUCCGAGCGGAGAAUGUUGUUUACCCCCGAAGCGGACUCGGACUCGGAAUCGGACUAACCGCCGGCGAAAGCGUGGCAACCGGGCUGGAGUCGCUGUGAAAGCCAGAGCGGCGGAGCUGCUUGAAAGACACCAGCUGGUUCGACGAAGCAAUCCUCCGAGAGGAGUACUUCUUAGCAAUCUGAGUUAUAUCGAAUCGGAUGUGGUCUCGAAUGGAACUUCAUCGCUCCCGUUGGAGUCUGCAGUGCUCUGUAAACCCCCGGAUAAAGAGGUCGCAGAUGUUCCCGUGCCGAUGACUAUGCUCCCGUCGCCACCGAUCCCGCCGACCACGCCGUCUGUGGAGGAGCUGAUCCAGCAGAGCCAGUGGAACCUCCAGCAGCAGGAGAAACACCUGCUCAGCCUCAGACAGGCGCAAGCGAUGGCCGCCAUCUCUCUGGCGAUGGAGCAGCAGAUGCAGAAACUGCUGGUGGAGACACAGCUGGACAUGAACGAGUUUGACAACCUGCUCCAGCCCAUCAUAGACACCUGCACCAAAGACGCCAUGUUGGCUGGAAAGAACUGGAUGUUCAGUAAUGCUAAGACCCCGCCGCACUGCGAGCUGAUGGCGUCGCAUCUCAGAAACCGCAUCACUGCGGACGAGGCGCAUUUCGAGCUCCGCCUGCAUCUCAUUUAUCUGACCAAUUGCGUCCUGCAUCACUGGUGA